AUGGAAAGUGUAGUAUGCCAAAGAAAAAAAGUUCAAGAUAUACUGCAAAGUAAUAAUGAUGAAUAUUCAAAUGUACAAAAAAUGGAAGAAGCAACCAUAAAAUUAUUCGCAAGAAUUCAAAGUGUAUCUCAAGCAAUGAAAAAAGUGAUGAAGAAAACUGUCGAAAAAACGCCAAAAUUCUGUGGAAUAUCGAAGAAUUCUUCAUUGACGACUGAUUAUUCGGAUAUAGAAACAUUUUCUCCAUCAAUAGAUCUAACUGAAAAUUCAAUUAGUGAAAUAUCAAACUGUGAUUCUGGUAUUUCGUCAGUGUUACAUCAUUCACCAUUAUUUAUAAGAAGGUGUGAUGAUCAAUUAUUAUUUCCCUAUUCAAAUGAAUCAAAAAUCAAUUAUAUUCAAAAUGAACUUUUAACAAGUAGACCACAAAAUGAUGAUGAUAUUCAAUCGAUACAUCAACACAUUUAUUCUUUAUUACCUCUGGCUGAAAGUAGUAGAUAUAAUAAUGAUGAUAAAUCGGAUAUUCUAUUAUUUCGUCAAGAAGAUGAUAUGUAUACAUUAUAUGAACAACAUGAUGAUAAACAAUUAUUUUCUAGUACACGAAAUGAUGAAUGUGGUCCUCUAACAUCGACAACCAUUGAUAUAUGGCAUUCUGUUACUCGUACAUAUUCAGCAACAUUUAAACAAGAUUUAUCAGUUAAAAAAUAUGAACAAAUUCAAAUAAUUAAAACAACUCAUCCACAUUGGUUUUGGGUGAAAAAUGAGAGAAAUGAAGAGGGAUAUAUUCCGACAGAUUGUCUUGUGUAA